UGAUCUUUUGUAGCUAACCAUUCUCUUCCUGAGAAAUCACUCUUCCACAGGCCAACGAAACUCAUAUUUGGAGAAAGGUCAGGUUGAUAUCUUAAAGAUAAUUGUGGGUCACAGAGUUGGUGUGCUGAUCAAUUGUUUGGAGACUACCAGCGGAGCAGCAGCAGCUAGCAGUAUCCAUGAGACCUGAAGAAUACAACGAAGAAACAAAUUGAACUUAUAACUUCUGCUGCCAUCAAUUCCAUUUCUAUAGAGUUGGUUUCUCCCCCACCCCCAAUACUAAAGAAGUGACUUACCAUUGUCUUUCCUGGAAACUAGACUAUAUUGCAGUGGCUGCAUUUUAGGUAUUUUCAUUCUCAUUGCAGCAUACUUCUUUUGGUCUCUCCAGCACUGAAUCUGUAUCUUAUCUUUGCCCAACUAUAUGCAAUUAACUAUUCUGCAUUAACAUAACAUUUUUUCCAUCAAUAGCCUUUGGCAAUAUAGUCUAGAAAUAUGUGUCAUUCAUAUAUAAUUCCAUACAAAUGGGAAAUGCACAGUUUAGUUUAAAAAUACAACUGGUCCAUAGGAAGGGACACUCAACGCUUCCCCCCGCCCCCCGAUAAUGAGCAGGAAGUGAGAAAAAUCUCAAGAAAAAUUGUCAGCUGAAAUGCGAAAUUUGAAAUGCGAAUGGAUAGGGUAUAUUAAAAUGAAAUACACAAAUGUCCCAAAUACACCUAAGUUUGAUCUUUAGUUUUCAAGAGAUACUACCACUGUAAGAUUGAGACUGGGGAAAAAACCUCUCUCACAGCAGAGAAAAACUCACAAUGCUUGCAACAGCAGCAACACACACUGAACAUUAUAUACUUUCACCUUAUUUUGCAAAACUGUUCUUUAUUCUGCUCCUUCUUUCUGCAUUUCUUAUGUCUACUAAGGCUACUAUUUUAUCUGGGAUGUGUUAACCAGAAUUUUUUUACAACUAGAUACUUCAGGUUUAGAGAGAGAGGAAAUGCCCUCAUCUCUAUAAAAGGGGAGUGUGACCUAAUCAGUCUUAAGAACAAUAUACAAAAGGGGAAACAGUUGCAUAUGAAAUGUACCGCCACAAAGAACACAGCAGAGGACUUAAUGAAGUAGCAAAACGCCUUCUGAACUUUGAGUCAUAUUAACCAUGGCAACAAUCGUUGUCUCUCCAUCUUCUGUAACAAAUCAAACUCAAAUCGAAAUUUGUGAUUUAUAUGAACAUGAAGAUUCAGCGAGAAUUUUAUUGCCUACUUUCUACAGUGUGAUUUUCAUAAUUGGCUUACUUGGAAAUGGACUUGCUCUUGCUGUGAUUGUAAAAAAUAGGAAAAAAAUCAAUUCAACCACUAUUUACUCAACAAAUCUUGUUGUCUCAGACAUUCUUUUUACAACAGCUUUACCUACCAGAAUAGCAUACUAUGCACUGGGUUUUCACUGGCCGUUUGGAGAGGUAUUCUGUAAAAUUACAGCCCUUUUCUUUUAUAUCAACAUUUAUGCAGCUGUGAAUUUUAUGACAUGCUUGAGUAUCGAUAGAUUUGUAGCCGUGGUUCAUCCUUUAAAAACCAAGUUCAGAACAGUUAAAAGCGCCACAUACAUUUUUUGCUUUGUGUGGUGUCUUGUACUUGCCCAAACUCUUCCACUGCUUACACUACCCAUGUCACAUCGAGAAGGAAAAAGGACCACGUGCAUGGAAUAUCCAAACUUUGAAAAAAUUAAACAACUCCCUCUGAUGCUUCUAGGUGCCUGUUUACUUGGAUAUGUAGUUCCCCUUGGAAUUACAAUAAUCUGUUAUUCAAAAAUCAGUUACAAACUCUGUCAAACUGCAAAGCAAAACCCACUAGCAGAAAAAUCAGGAACAAACAAAAAGGCAAUUAAUAUAAUUAUCUUCAUCAUCGUCGUAUUUGUAAUCUGUCUUACUCCCUAUCAUCUUGCCAUUAUUAUAUACAUGAUUAAGAAGCUUGUGCAAGGAAAUAUUUCCUGCAGCCAUCAGAAGAUCUUUCAAAAGACGCUCCAUUAUACUGUGUUCCUGAUGAACUUAAAUUGCUGCAUGGAUCCUUUCAUCUAUUUCUUUGCUUGCAGAGGAUACAAAAGGACAAUAAUGAAAAUACUGAGGCGUCAAGGAAGCAUUUCAGAAUCAAGUGCUGCCAGAACUGUUCCUGAUGAAAGCUCCCGGGAUGUUGCAGACACACAACUAGCGCCCCUUUCAGCAACUUUAAAUGGAAAAAGGUCAACUCAAGCCCUUUCAUUUUGAACAUGCCUCCAGAAUCUUGAAUCAUUCAAAAAUGCUGGAAAUAGCAAGAAUCAUCACAGCAAGAAAGUCAAAGAAAGAAGAGAGAGAAAUCCAAUUUUCAUUUUUCUUUAAAAAAGUACCCAUUUGAUUUCUCAGGAGUGAAGCAGAAGAUGGAUUAUGCAACGUAUCAUUACCACAGAUAUUGAUUUAAUCAUAUUUGGGGUUUUCCAAAUAUUACUUUUUUUUAUCUUUCUCUCAUGUCAGCGUACUUCUAUUUUGGGAUCCUAUUACCCAAGUUCUCAGGAGAAAAGCAACCAAUUUAAUGGGUUUAAAUAACUGGACUCUAAACAAUAUACCUUGGAUCAGCAAAAUAACACGUGACAGAUAUGCAAAAGGGAAUAUUUAACAUUUUCUUUUUCGUAUCUAUACGAAAUACAUUUAUUUAUAUAACAACCCAUAUAAAAUCAUUUAAUUAUAAACAGUUUUGUUUCUCAGGAGGAGGUAUAUAGAUAGCUUUAGACAAUUUACUAUAUUGUUAGAAAACAAUCCCCAAGCUUUUAAAUCACUUAUUGAACACUGGAUCCUAUGUUUGAUUUGAUUAUUCCAUGAUAAUUUUAAGAUACAUAACCUACAUAGUUUAAAGGUCAUGUAACAAAAGCAGCUGAGCCUCUAGGAUGGAAGACUGAAAGUCUCAAACCUCCUCUCACAGAAGCCCUCUGGGUUUUCACAAAUGGGCACUCUGCCAUUGUGAGUGCUUCACUUUUUAUCCUUUCCUAAACAAUAAAUAUAAGGAUUUUACAACGUCUGCCACCUUUCGGUCUAUUAAAAGAUAAAAAUGAUUUUAAAAAGGUUAAAAUGUAAAUGGAUGAAAUAAUUUGAAUAUUACUGCUUUCUAGUUUAACAAUGAAAAGGUGCGUGGCUAGAAGGUUUAGCAUUUAGAUGUGGUAGCAUUUAGAUGUGGGGGGAGGAUCAGGCCAAUCUCAUAAGAGAUAAACAAAAUCAAACAUUAUUUUAAGAAGUGUAGAACAUUUCAACUUCAAGUAUCAACAUUUUCUUUUGCAAGAAGGAAAUAUACCCACUCCUCAUUUAGUGACCUCAGUUAGCAACUAUUAACAAAUAAAAAGGUAAUAAAAUUCAUUUUCUGACCAACGCAUGCAUUUACAACCAAAUGUUGUGCUCCUGGCAACACAUGCCAGUGACAAUAACACUGACUUAGCUGGGCAACAAACUUUUAUCUGAAUGAAACAACCGCAAUCAGUGAUUUCUCUAUCAUGUGUUCACUUGAUGAUCAUUUCGUUUAAUGACUUGAUCACUAGAAUGGAACAUAGUCGCUAAACCAGAAGUGGGUGUACAGAUAAAAUGCUUUCAGAAGAUCUAUUGCAAAUACUCUGUUGCAAAUACUACUCUGUUGCAGAUAAACUUUUUAAAAUCUAUGCAAAGUACUGGAGAAAGUUUCAAAGGCAAUUUACAGAUCAGGAAAGAUUCUAAAGAGAAGUUACUUUUCCAUGCACAACCUGAGGAUAUGUAUAAAAAGACUAUAAAGAUAUAUAUGGAGACUUAUGUAGCAUGUGUAUGAAUGUGCCUUCAAUCAGUGAUGACUUACAGUAAUAAGAAAAUUAACCUUCAUAAAGGUUUUUGGUUAGACUUAUAACUAUUUCCUCAGGACAAAAGUUUUCUUAAUAUUCCUAGCAUGUUGAAACAGAGUCAGUCUGUUUGCAUCAAACUUAAUGGUCACCAUUCCCCUCCCUUCCACCCUCAUAGCCGUCCUGCCAAAACAAUGCCUGGCAAGAAUUUGUUUCAGGUAGAUUUCUGUUGCUCUUCCCCAAGAAAGAAUGCACACAAAUAAUUCCUUGUGUGUCCAAUCACACUUGGCCAAUAAAGAAUUCAAAUUCUUACUAUGUUAAUAGUCAGGCAACCGAAAAUAUGAUAUCUAUCUAGGAAUAUAAGAACAAUGUCUAACUACCUAAGAGGGCUAUUAUUCUUGGGCUACAAAGUCUGCAUAACUACAGGUAGUCAUCAAAGUCUGCAUAACUACAGGUAGUUCAUUUAGUGACUGUUCAAAGUUACAAUGGCACUGAAAAAAGUGACUUAUAAUCCUUUUUCACACUGACAAUCACUGCAGUAUCCCCAUGGUCAUGUGAUUAAAAUUCAGAUGCUUCGCAACUGAUUCAUAUUUAUGAUGGCUGCAGUGUCCCAGAUCAUGUGAUCACCUUUUGUGACCUUCUGAAAAAUAAAGUCAAUGGGGAAGCCGGAUUCACUGAACAACCAUGUUACUAACUUAACAGCAGCAGUGAUUCGCUUAAUAACUAUGGCAAGAAAAGUUGUAAAAUGAGGCAAAAUUCACAACUGUCUUGCUUAGCAAGACACCUUUUGGGAUCAAUUAGUAGCUGUCAGUCAAAGACUAUGCGUACUGGACAGCAGCAAAGAGAAAAGCUGUUCAUUUCUCCUUCCAGCCAUCUAUUGCUUUCCUCAGUCUCAAUAUGGUGAUCCUCUUUAUCAACAAUGCACCUGAUCAGAAAUGUCUUUUGCACAUAUGCUGUAUUCAAAUCUAUAACUAUGCUUCAAGCUGACAUAGAGCUAAGAACAGCUAGACAGAUGUUAAGCAAUCAAAAGAAACCAUACCAUGGUAGUAUUGUAGAAAAUACUUUUUUCCCUAUUUAGUGGGAAGCGGGUCAGUGAUCUAUCCAACAGAAAAACUGUAAUUGGUUAGUUUAUACAAUUAUGUAACAAACAAAAUGGAGAAGUAGGAUGGGUAACUGUUUAUCUUCUGCAAUAUCUGCUGUCAAGAAUUCUUUGUUGCAAUCUUUAAUACCCGUUUGCUUUGCAUCAGUUUGUUCCUGUUUAUCUUAAUCAUAGAACUGUUUGUAUCUUCUAUGUUACUAUAUGGUGCUCUUCACUUUCAUAAUAAGGUUAUUCUUUCUUGGGUGGCCUUGUUCUUGUAAACCCAAUAAUAUAUAUAUAUGGAGAGUUUUGUUUUUACUGGGACUAAGAGAGAUAAGAUGUAAAAAGUAAGCAUUUUUUAAAUGUUCCAAGUACUUCAUAAAAGAAUAGAUUGGUUCCUGAGUGUUUAGGUGCAAAGUUCAAAUUUAUGCAUGAAUUGAAAAUUUCAAUAAAGGGGGAAAACCUAGAAAGACAAUUGCUGACAUAACAGUGAUUUUAUCUGUAUAUUGUUAAAACUCUUGUGUCUGUUUCAUAUUUUGUAAACUUCAGCUGGGUGAAAUGUUGCAAUAUAGAGCAAAACUUUGCCAACAAAGGCCAACUCAAAUGGACCAACUUACAGAACGCAUGAGACUCAUUACUCCUGAGGAAUUGAAAUUUGUGGAAUUUUUUUGCCACCUCAGCACUGCUGCCAUACUACAACGAUCAACUGCAUUCACGUAAAUCCCCAUUUUCAAUGUUUCGUUACCGCUUCCCAGAAGCCACGGAGAAUCCAGGAGGAUUGCCGAUUCUCCUAUACUUCUUGCCAAAGCUGUUGCCUGUGGGAAGCUUGCAGGGAGAAAGUCAAGGGAGAACUGGUCCAGUCUCUCUGCACUCAUACUGAGACACCCUUUUCUGCACUCCCUUGCUCCUUCUCCCACCUGUCAGCAGCCAUUUACCUGAUGGUAGGGCAGGGCAGGGAAACGAAAUGAAGAUUUCCAGUACUUACUGCCAGUUUCUCACAAGGAAACUCAAUGGGAAAGAGGACAGGAAGUCGGAAGUCACUCCCACUUCCACUGUUUUUUUCCAAUCUUUUAAAAUCCACCCUAUUGUCAUUGUUUCUCUGUUUAAGUAAAAAAAAAAAUCUCUGAAAUGAUGACCAAAUGUAUAACAGGUUGCAUAGUUAUCAUUAAUACUAUAUUUAAGAUCUGUCCAUAAAUUCAAGUUACUAUGAUAAUGAGUAGUAGUUGGUUUAACAACACAUUAACUUUUCUGACUUUCCUGUUAAGCUGCUCAGAGGAAAAAGCAAUAAUUGGGACAAAAUGUUUUGUGGCACAGUAAAUAUUUACUGGCACGUUUCAUGAAGGGAGUGUUAUUCUGAUGUAAUAAAUAGUUGUGGAUUGUACCUAAAAUUGGUUGCUCAACAACAAAAAUAAGACAGUUGUCUUUGCAGGUGUAACCCUGCAGCAGGAAAUAAAGGAACAGAAAUCAAUGCAGUUGUUACUUCUUGCAUUUUCCUCUUAUUUAAUGUCAGGGGUGGUGCCAGUAUCUAAACAUCUGUUCUCAAUUAGAAAAGGCCAAUACUAUGUUGAAGAAAGUACCACUUAAAAUUAAUGCAAUGUUUAAUCUUUUAUGGAUGUUUGAACUACUUACAGUUGAAAUUUUCAUAUCAAAAACUAACUGAAAAAAGCUGUAAUAAUAUAUGUUAUCAGGCCCAUAGAUUUAAAAGGUAUUCAGCAAAAUAAAUCAUCUAAUAGUUUUUAAAAAAUUAUCUUCAUUCCCAUUAUUUUUCUG